AUGCCUUACGGCCCUUUAUUAUAUCCAAACUAGCCAAAUAUUUAAAUCGACUUAGAUUUGCCAGAUUAGGUUAUUCAAAACCAAUAAAACAUAGGUUAUGGUAUUUGGACAAAGUAUCAACCUUUUGCAGAUAUUUUAGACUUAAGUAUCAUAAUUUUUUUUAUAUUUUUAGGAAACAGAGAGUCGUAAAUAAAUGUAACUAUAAAUAGAUCAAUAAUAUCUGAAGGUGGUUAGUUUAUUUAUUCAAUGAAAUAAAAAGAAAAUGGUAUUUAGAUUUUAGUUGUCUCUAUCGUAAUUGAUUACAUUGAAUAAAGCUUUCAAUAUAAUAUUUACUAUUCCUUUACAUAAACAACAAAUGUUAUAUAAUUUAAUAUAAGCAGUUCACUAAUUGAGGGAUUAUGGAUUAUGGUUUAUGUUUAUUAUGAUUAACUAUCUUAAAAAACUACUUUUGGACUCUAUAAUAGUAUGGAACCAUUAAAAAUACAUUUAAUACAUGAUGUGCCUACAUUUUAAGGUAAAAUUAGACACAAUAUUGGUGGAAUAUAUGCAUAUUAAAAUCUAAAUGGAGUUCUAGUUUAAUUAAGUUAGUUUUUUGGAAUGAUGUCAAAUUUGUUUACGUCAGAUAAUUAGAACAUAUUAUUUGAUUUAGAUUAAUGCGUAGAUGAAUUUUUGAAUUAUGAUACUUGCUAAAUUGAAGAAUAUAGAGUAAGUGAGAAAAAUUAGAAAAUGAAUGGAUAAGAUUUUAUAAGGAUCACAACUUCACCGCUUAAUAAACCAAUAUAUUUAAUCUAAGGAUGGAUUAAACUUGAUUUGCAAAAUGUAAAUAUGUUAGAAACCAUUAUAUUCAGGAUAAGUAUUAAUUAUAAUUAUAAUGAUGAUAUAUAUAUUGGUGAUAGAGAUGUCUUAUUAAAAUAUUUUCAGAGUAGUAUUCCUGGAGAAAAUGGAUUUGAAAUUUCAACAUAUAGUUAUACAUUUCCAGUUAAAACAAGAUAUAAUACAGAGGAUGAUGACAAAAUUUCAGAAUAUGGUGAUCAAUAUUCAACUCUGUUUGUUAUUUGGCAUUACUUUUAAUAUGAAAUUGGAACUUUAAAUAAUAAUGGUUAACCAUUGUUUACUCUAUAUUUUCCUUCUAUUAAUUAAUACUAAAAAUAUGUUUGGAAUAAACCAAUUAAACACUUUACAGGAGUAACAUACUUUCUUUUUAUUGGAGGGGAUAAUUAUGCAAAAUCAUUUUUUUAGGGUUAUUUUAGUGAUAUAUUAUUCAUUUUAUAUUGUAAUCCUUUUGCAACUUCAAUAGUUAUGAAUUGUGAUUAUUCAUGUUUAGAGUGUGAUGGGCCUACAUCAAUAAAUUGUUUAAGUUGCCAUGAAAAUAGUCAUAGAUUAUUUUCGAGAACUGGAAAGACUUGUAAUUGUGAAGAAGGGUACGUUGAUAUUAAUGGGCAAUAAGAAUGCUUAUCAGUAAAUUAGAUGUUUCCAUAUCUUACAAAAUAAGAAAUUUAAUUGGAUUGCAAUAUGGAAGGUUAUAGUAGAUGUGAUGGGUUAAAUGUAGAAUGCAAAUUUGGAUAUUUUUUAUUUUUAAAUUAAUGUAUUUAAUGGUAAUUAUAUUGUAAUAUAUAUUAGUCCAGAGUUUAGUUAGUUUAUAUCAGGAAUUCAUAUAAGUUGUUUCGAUUGUUAUACUUAACCUCUUACUUUUGGAUAAUCAUUAACUUGUACUUAGGAUGCAUAAACAUAUUACUCUAAUUCUAAAUAUUCUUAUUAGGUAGUUUAAAGAGAUAAUAAAAAUCUAAGUUAUUAUGAAAUGAUAAUCUAAGAUGAUGCAACAUAUGUAACAAAAUUAUGUAUUGGAUGCAUAGGAUAUUAAUUAUGUAAAGAAGGGUAUUAUUUCAAUGUUGAUUAAUGUAAACCUUGCAUUAAGGAUUGUUUUUUUUGUGAAAAUUCAUAUUCAUGUGGAAUAUGUUAUGAUGAUUGCUAUCUUGGUAAAGAGAAUUAAUGUUUGAAAUGCCCUAAUUGCAAAAGAUGCUUUACACACAAUGAUUUUUUGUGGUGCAGUCAUUGCUAAGAUAAUUAAAUACUAUAAAACAAUGAGUGUGUAUCCUGUGGUAUAAAUUGCGAUAGUUGUGACUCUAAAGGAUAUUGCAACUUUUGUAUCGGAGAUCCUUCGAAAUAUUAUUUAUCAAUCGAUGGAAGAAAUUGUAUAGAAUGUAAUAUUGAAAAUUGUAGAUAUUGUUUCUAAUAUGUUAUUAUUUCAGGAUAAUAUUAUACAACAUUAGAUAUUAAUUUCAAUAUAUACAAUUUUAAUUCAAAUUAAGUUAAUUUUGGAUGUGCACUAUGUAAUUAAAAUUAUAAUUAUAACCAAAGUACUUAAAAAUGUGAAUUAAAAUUAAAUAAUAAUAAUUGUGAAUUUGCAGUUAUUUUAGAUUCAACUUCAAAAUAAUAAUGUAUAAUUAGCCUGAAAAAUAAUGAUGCUGUAUAAGUAACUUCUUGUUCAUCUCUUAAUAAUUGCCAAUAAUGUAUUCAUCAUUAUAUUGCAAAUGAAUCAUAUUGUAUAUAAUGUGAUGAUGGAUAUUACUCUGGAUUAUUAACUGGGCAAUGUUAAUUAUGCAUCAAUAAUUGCAAAACUUGUAUAUAAUAAAAUAGCAGUUAUAAGGAUUAUUGGAAAUGGAACACAAAAGCAUUUUAUAAAGCAGUCAUUAAUUUUAAUAAUGAUAAAUCAUUUGAAGAUUAUAGAUAAUCUAAUUCAUAAUCUGAUUUAGAGGUUAUUUGUACAUCAUGUUAAUUAUCAUAUAUCCUCUUUGAAUAAAAAUGUAUUAAAGGUUGUGAAGAAAAUUGUAAUAACUGUGAAAUAAUAAAUGGACAAGCUACAUGCAUUCAAUGCUAAGAAACAGAUUUUGGAUUUCUCAAAAGUAAAAAUACAAAUGGAACGUGUAUUUAAUGUCCUUCUAAUUGUAUUGCUUGUGUAGAAAGAAAUUAGAAGGAAAUAACAGAUAUUAAUCCAUAUUAUAUAUUAACUAAUGAAAAUUUAAGAUACACCAGAAAAUGUUAUGAAAAAUCUAAAAAAUAGGAUAACUAUUAUGUUGAUUUUUUAACUUAAACAAUAACUGUUUGCACAUCAAAUACAUAAUGUUAUCAUAAAUAUAUAAUAGAGCAGAAUAUCUAUUGUGAUAUAUCAUAAUAUUUAUAGUUCCGUAGUGAUUCCCAUGAUGAUUUAUUUGAAUAAAAAAACAUUCUAAUAAGUUAAUUUUAUGAUUAUGAAUAUCUUAAUUUGUUUGAAACUAAGAUGCUUUAUGAUUAUUUAAAUGAAGCCUAAGUAAGACAUGCAGAAUUUUAAUUUACUCUCGUAUAAGGCAAUGAACCUGAAUGCUAUAUAGAAGAAAAUUUAAAUAUAUAUUCACUUUUACAAUAAAAUAUAUUUACACUUCAGUAGAUUGAUAUAAUUAUAUAAGGCUAAACUAACCCAACGAUUGUAACAUUCUACAAUGAAUUAACCCUUAGUAAUUUUACUAAAAUAACUUUUAAGAACAUUAAAUUUAAUUUUAUUUAAGGAUCAAACAAUGGAUUUUUUAUUACACUUUUUAAUUUAAAAUUGUAAUUGAUAUUAAAUUUGGAGAAUAUUAUAUUUACAAUGCCAUAUAAUGAAUAUAGGAAUAUCUCUUUAAUGAUAAGAACUAAUAUCCCUUAUUCACUUUUAAUUGAGAAUUUAACGAUCAUUAACUUUUUUGUUUCAUCAUCUGAUAUAUUUACUUUUAUGUCUAUUGAGAAUUCUAAAAAGAAUAAUAUCUAGAUAAAUAAUUUGAAAAUUCUGGAUUCCAAUUUCUUUAACUCCACAUUAUUUAGAUAUCAAGCUAAAAUGAAUAUUUUGCUAUUUGAUACAUUUUUUAACUAAACCUCAAUAUAAGAUACAAUAUUUUCUUAAUCAAAUUUCAUUCAUAGUUAUGGACUUUUAAAUUAUACUACUGGUAAUUUAUGGAUUAAAUAAAUAAUGCUUUUAAAUGUUCAAAUACUAUAAAAUUCAUCCAUACUUCUUUUAUGCUGUUUUUAGUAAUCAUUAAUUUCUAAUUUAACUUUAUUCAAUUCGAGAAUAACUUAACAUUCAAAUUUUUAUUCCUCGAAUGUUAUAAAUCUUAAACAUGGAAUAAUCAAUAAUACUUAUAUAAUGAAUAGUAAUUUAAUUAAUAACCAAGUUGAAUAUUCAAAAUAUGAAUCCGCCCUAGAAUCUAGCUCUAAAGCAUUUAUAGAAAAUUAUCUGAUAUUAAAUACUCUUUAUGAUGAUAAACAACAAAUUAUUAAAAUAAUAAAGUAUAAUGAAAUAGAUUAAUUAUCUUUUCGUUUAGUUGAUUUUUCAAUUAUGAACAGUCUACUAACUUCUUAAAUAUAAUAGUAAGAAAUUUCUUAUUCCUCUUCUAUCAUAUAUUGUGAGUGCUAAUUGUGUUAUUUAGAAAGUAUUAAUUUAUUGAGAGGACAUGGAUUACCUGAGAUGACUUUUCUUUAUUCAGAAUUUAUAAACAUUAGUAAUUGUAGCAUCUCCUCAAAUUUAAUAUACCAAACCAAACCCUUACAUAAUUCUUUAGAUUGUAUAAAAAAGUUUGCUUUUAAAGACAUGCAUUUUUUCUUAUAUAUAGGGUUUUAUUAAACAGUCAAUAUAAAUAAUUUACAUUUAUAAAAUAGCUUAAGCUUUAAUAAUCCCUUCAUUAUACUUUAAGGAUAUGACUUAAUGCAAAGAUUAAUUUCAGAAGUUAUUACUAUAAUCAAUGUUAAAUUUUAUUCAAAUUUAUUAUUAAUUACUGAUUCCAAUAAACAAACAGGUUUGCUAUCAAUAAUCUCUUAAUAAAAUUGUUCAAUAACUCUAUUAAUGUUAAACUACACUGAAAAUCAUUUAAAUGAAUAUUAUUAGGAUUCUUCAAGAAUUUCAGCGACUACAGCUUUUAUUUAAUUAUAUUAAGGAUGGGUCCUAAUAUAAGCUUCUCAUUUUGUUUAAAAUAUUAUCACUAACUCAAGCGAUUCUAUAUUAUACAUCAAAUCUGCUAAAUUAGAAAUCCGUGAAUGCACAUUUACAAAGAACAAUGUUAUUAAUUAUUCUUCUUUAAGUCAUUAUCUUUUGUAUUCUGAAGUUUAAGACUUGAGUUCCAUCAAAUUUUAAGACUUAUUUCCUAUCAAAGCAUUAAGCGGAAACGGUAUGAUUAUUGCAUAGUCAAUAAUUAUUGAUAAGAUAUUUAUUAAUCAAUCUUAUGCUACAGCUGGAGGAGGAUUCCAUAUUGUUACUUAAGGGAAAAGCUCAAUAUUAAUUAUUAACUCACAUUUUUCAAAUACAAAUACUUUAUCACAUGUUUCAAUAUUUUCUAUUGGUGGAUGUUUAUACAUUGAUGGAUCUGCUUCCUAAUUAUAGUUUAUCUUAAGAAAUACAACAAUAGAAAAAUCAUAUAGUAGAAAUGACGGAGGAGCAAUUUAUAUAAUUCCAUCCGAAAGCUAAAAUUCGAUAGUAUUAGAACAAUUAAUCAUAAUUAAUUGUUUUUCUUUGUAAAAUUCUAUUUUUUCUUAUAAAACUAUAAAACUAGAAUCGAUAGACACUUAAAUAAAGAUUUAAAAUAUAAAUUUCUAUUCAACAGAAUUAGGUUUUAAUAGAUUUAUUCAAUAAAUUAAUGGAUUAACUGAAAAUGAAGCAUACAACAUCGCUCAUUAAAAUCCUUAAAUUUUUAUUUAAAAUGGAUUUAUUACUAUUCUUAAUUGUUCCUUCAUGUCAACCCAGUUUCAAUUUCUAAUUUAAAUUAAAUAAGCCUAUAAUAUUUACUUAUCAAAUGUAACAAUACAAAAUAGUACAUAUUAUUAAUCUCCUCUGAUUGAGUUAAAUUUGAAGGAAAGUAAAUAUAUUUAUUAAUUUAGAAUUUUUUGGAAAAAUUAUAAUCCAAAAUCUUUAUCUUUUAAAUAUAGACUAAUUUAAAAAACCAAUCAAGGAAGGAGAAUGUUAAGAAAUUGAAUCGGUCAAAAGCUCAGUUCUAGAAUGUCCAUUAUCAUUACCUACCAAAUCAUGGUCAGCACAAAUAAUAGAUAAUAUCCAUUUGAUAAAAAAUUAGUUACUUUGCAACUAGUUUUUAAUAUUUUAAGAUCAACCUUUUAAUUUUAGUUUAAUAACAAUAAAAUAAAUUGAUAAUGCUCAUUAAGUUAUUGUGAAUGAUUUAUUUAUGUAGGAUGUAAAUUGUAAUAAUUGCAUAUAUGGAUUAUUUUAAAUUGUAGAUAUUUAAAUAUCAAAAUCUGAAUCUUUGUAAUUUUAAUCAAUAAUAAUUUAAAAUUGCAUUUGUGGACUAAUAGGAUGUUUAUCAAUCUUGAAAAAUUAGGAUGAUUUGUUAUUUCAUAAUGAACUAUUCUAAAGUGAUCGCCUAUUAUAAUAUAAAAAGCUUGAUGAUAUUAAUUUUAACUUAGAUUACUUAACAAUUAUUUCUAAUUGUAUAUUUUCAAAUAACUCUGCACAUUUUGGAGGAUCUUUAUUUAUCUAAGAAAUCGAUGUUUUUAUUAAAAACAGCUAGUUCUACAAUAAUUUUGCUUAAAUUGGAGGGGCUAUUUAUUUUUUUUCCAAAUAGAAAUAAUUGUAUUUUUUCAGAACUAAAUUUUUUAAUAAUCGAGCCUCAAUAGCUGGUGCAGUGUUUUUUAAUAAUUAAUCUCUUCAAUUAACUAAAGAAUUAGAAAUUGAGUUUGCAGACAAUAAUUCAACUUAAUAUGAAUAAAAUAUUUUUGAGAAGCCACGCUCAUUGACAAUAUCAAUUGAUGGAGGUAAGACUCUAUUAGAAAAGAAAUUUAUAAAAAAAAACAAGGAUGAAAUAAUUGAAUAAAUAAGAAUCAUUCCUUAUAAGAUUUUAGGGUAUCAAUCUAAAGUAAAUUAAUUGACUCUUCCAUCAGGAAGAAGUAUUUAAUCAUAUCAAUAUUUUGAUGAGUACACAUACUCUUUUAUCCCUUACAAUUUAACAUUUAGAAUCAUAGCUUUAGAUAAAUUCAACAAUCAAAAUAAAGGUUUAUAUGAUUCAAGUUGCACAUUAAAACCUAUGGCAUUUAAUUUAACUUCAUAAUCAGAAGCUACAUACGUUACAUAUAGUCUAUCGAAAUAUCAUGCUUUUUUUGAUAACAACACUGGAGAUUAUAAUUUAGAUGAUUUAGUCAUCUAUUGGAAUCCAAAUUAUGAUUAGGACUUGGUUCUUCGGAUUUCAAUUGAGUGCAAUGAAAUAUCAGUACCAUUUUAUAAUAAGGAUCCACCAUAUGUUAUUCAGUCUUAGAAUAAUAAUUACAAGUUACUUGUAGACAUCAGAACAUUCUAAUGUCAAUUAGGUGAGUUUCUAAAUUAGACAACUGGAGGGUGUAUGAUUUGUGAUAAAUUUCAAAAUUAAUAUUAAGUAACUAGAAAAGCCCUAAAUUGCAGUUACAAAGACGAUACGAAAAUUAGACUGAUAGAAUCUUCAAUGAUUGAAUUAAGAUAAUAUUAUUGGAGAGCCUAUAACUAUAGUUAAAAUAUUGAAUAUUGCUAUCACUUCCCUAAAAAUUGUUAAGGUGGAUGGAAACCAGGAGAUAAAUCUUGUAUAGUAGGACAUAUUGGCGCGUUGUGUGAAUAGUGUGAUCUCUAUAAUACAAGAGGUUAAGGGUCAUUCUAUUUAAGUUCCGCUUAUUAAUGUUUAAAUUGUAACAUAACUAUUUAUAAUAUACUUUCGAUCACUUUUGUAAUCUUAUGGACAUUAUUGUCUACUUUAAUUUCUGUGAGCAGUACUUCAGAAAUGGUUACAGAAUUUAUAGCUGGGCUAAGAUUAAGAUUAUUUGGGGUUAAAUUUCCAAUCAAACAAAUAUCAACUGCAAUACUAAUAAAAGUUUUGACCAACUACUUAUAAAUAAUUUCUACUCUCUUUACAUUUUAAUUAGAAUUACCACCUGGAUUAUCAGCUAUUAUUAAUAGUUGUGCUAAUCCUAUUGAAUCUAUGGCCUUUUCUCUUGAUUGCUACUUAGUUUCAAUUACUGAUAUAUUAAUUAUAUAUUUCAGAGUUAUCUGGAGUUUAAUCAUGGCGUUAUCAUAUAUUCUAAUAUUUAUUGGAUUAGGUGCUUUAGCAAUUGCACUUAAAAUAAUUCACCAUGAUUUUUCAUUUAUUACUAUCUCACUAAUUUAUUUGUUUAUCUAUUUCCAACCAAAUUUAAUUGGACAACUUAUUUCUUUGUUAUCAUAUAGAAAAAUUUCAGAUGAAUUUUGGAUUUCAAGCAAUGUGUCUUACAGAUAUGAUACAUCUUCUCAUCUCAAAUGGAUUAUUGCUUUUGAUAUUCCUUUGUUAAUCAUAUUAUGCAUUACAAUUCCAACUAUUCUUUGGUAUGGAGUUUAUAAAAAUAGGCAAAAACUUGACAAAACAACCACUCGUAAGACUUGGGGAUAUCUAUAUCAUGAGUAUAUCAAAAAAGCCUAUUUUUGGGAAACAAUUAAAAUAAUUUAAAAGGAGCUAAUAAUAUUGUCUCGAAUUUAUUAUGAUGAUUAAAUUACUAUCAAAGCAUCUUUAAUUUUUCUUUUGUUAUUUUCUUAUAGUCACUUUGCCAAAUCAAUUAAUCCUUAUAUGACUAAAUAAUUGAAUAUCUUAGAUUAACAAUCAAUCAUUAUUUGUGCCAUUUCAAUCGUCUUAGCAUGUUCUAUUCAUUCUGCUUAGUAGUAAAAUCUUAAUGAAAUAACUUGGCCUUUUUAUGUUAUUAUUGGAGGCCUCAAUAGUUAUUACAUCACUAAAUUAAUUGUUUCUAUAAUUUUAGCAUACUUUAAAAGAAUUUUUGAUAAAAUAGAUUGCAUCAAAUAAAAAUUAUUCACCUAUCUUCCACUUAAGCUUCGGUCUAAACCUAAAAUUUAGAAAAUCUUUGAAACAAGUUAAAGUAAAUUUACAAGAAUUUAAAAAAGAUUUAGAAUUUUAAAAGAAUACUUAUUAUCUCUAGCAAGGGAAAAUUUAAAAGUUAGAAAGUAAAGAAAAUAUUUCAAUUUGUUAGGUUUAAGUAAGAAUAAUAACAACAAAGAGAAAAUAGUCAUUAGCUACAUUAAAUGAUUUUAUAAUACUCUUUGAAGGGAAGAUCCUUAAAAUAUUCUGACCACAAUAGAAGAUAAAGUUAAUUUUCAACUUUUGGAAAUCAUUCCAGAAUUUGUUCUAGGCCUGAUGAAGAACAAGAGAACUAAUUUUGGAGAAUAUAGACUUAAAGACAAGAAUCUUAGAUACUUUGA